UGUCUAGACGCCCAGCCUAUGCCCAGACAUCGCGGUAAAUCCCAUACAUUUCUGUCGCUCUUCGUAACUGCCAUAUCUGAAUCCGAUUUCCCCUUCGUCCGCCAUGUCAUCUCGCGACCACGCCGCCGCAGCUGCCGUUGCGCGCGUGGCUGUCGCCGGCGACGGGGCGAUCCUUGGCGUUGCCCUUGCUAUCUGUGCAGCGACCUCCUGGGUUAAGUAUCUCGCCUCUUCCUCCUCCCUGGACCGAAUCCGCUCUGCGCCCUCAUGCCGCAUCUCAGAGCUCCGGUCACUCCUCGCAGCAUCCGAAGGAGAAUGCGAGGACGAGGGCAAGCUGGUCGUUGUUCGUGGCCAGGUUCAGCUGAAGCCUACUGCUGAUUCUAAAUGGUUGAAUUCAGGAAACCAGAGCACGCUUUUUUCUGAGGGAUCUGGUGAGCGGGCUGUCAUUGUGCAGCACACGCAAACGUGCCUCUACAAUGAGUGGAGAGGCAUAUUUGGAUGGAGUAUUGAUCUCCAUGCUCUCUUUGCAAAAUCUUGGAGAGAACAGCGGUCAAGCACCCUGAGAUCGGUUCCAUUUAUUCUUGUUGAAGGUGGCCAAUGGCCUAAUUCUGGGUAUGUUCAUAUUAACUUGGAUGGUUCAAGCCAUUCACUUCCUCUUACAACAGUUUAUCAUCAAUUACGGCCUAUUCAGCCUACGCCUUAUACCUUCUUCCAGGCCAUCUUCGGGAAUGGUUAUCCAGUUGCAUUAUUGGAUGAAGAAAAGAUUCUUGCGAUUGGCAAAGACAUGACUGCAAUUGGCAAGUGCAGAUCACAAAAUGGAGCUCUUGAGUUGAAAUCCUGUUCAGAUCUUCCAUACUUCUUGUCUGAUAUGACAAAAGAUGAAAUUGAAGCACAUCUAGCUGCAAAUAGCAGGAUUCUGUUUUGGAGUGGUGUUAUACUUGGGGCAUUUUCCAUUGGUGUGCUGGGUUUUACCAUUUUUAGAAACUGGAGAAGAUGGAAAGAAUGGAGACAGAGAAGUCAAAGCCGAGAUCGGCAUAGGGUGACUGGUGUUGAGAGCACCACUCCUGAUGAAUCAGGAAAUGUAUCAGAUGAAGGUGAUGUCCCAGAAGGGCAACUAUGUGUAGUUUGUUUAAUGAGACGGAAGAGAUCUGCCUUUGUCCCCUGUGGGCAUCUUGUUUGCUGUGUCCAGUGUGCCAUAUUUGUGCAGCACAAUGUCUCACCUAAAUGCCCUGUAUGUAGGCAAGCCAUCUAUUCUUCCAUCAGGAUAUAUGAUUCAUGAGGAUUUCAAACUGCUUAAUUAUUCUUGCCACAAAAGGUACAAGAUAGGAGCUGCAAUAUUGUGUAUAUAAAUCGUCUUGGAAUUGUUUGGGAAGACCUUGUAAUGACCUGGGCUAUGCCAAAUACCUAAUUAGGGGUUGAUGCAUCCAAUUUUUCUUGCUGCCCUACGUGGUUUGAACACCUAGGAUAAUUUUCAAAUUCCUCUGAAACUCUUAGAAAGAUGAGUUGUUGCAUGUAAAUCAUUUUUCUAUUUCUUUUUCUAACAUAUUGCUGAUCUCUUUUACUGGUGUCAACAAAGGUUUUCUGAUGCUACCGGGUUUAUUCCAUUUAUCAGUGUACUGACCAU